AUGUAUGACUUCAUGGAGGAUCAGACAGCAGAGCUCAAGGAGGCCUUCCAGCUGUUUGACCAAAGGGAUGAAAAGACCUCAUAAAGCCAGUGUCGGGAUACGAUGCGAGCCCUGGGCCAGAACUCUACCAAUGCUGAGGUACUCAAAGUAUUAGAGAAUCCCCAGAGUGAUGAGAUGAAUGUGAAGGUGCUGGACUUUGAACACUUUCUGCCAAUGCUGCAGACUGUAGCAAAGAAUAAGGACCAAGGCACAUAUGAAGACUAUGUAGAUGGGCUUCAGGUAUUUGAUAAGGAAGGGAAUGGCACAGUCAUGGGGUCUGAGAUACAACACGUUCUCAUCACCCUGGGUGAGAAAAUGACAGAGGAAGAAGUGGAAGUGGUGGCAGGGCAUGAAAACAGCAACAGUUGUAUCAACUAUGAAGAGCUAGUCCGGAUGGGGCUGAAUGACUGA